AGGAGGGCGGGCCUUCGUCCCUCUGAGCCCUAAGAGGAGAAAAAGAAGGUGAUUGGUUGGAGUGUCCAUCAUGUCCAGUACCAGAGCUCAGUCCCAGAACACCAUCAACUUUCCAAAGCGGAAAUCCGUCAGGAAAUUGCAUAAGCCUCUAGAGAGUAAGGGAGAUUCAAAGUUGGACCCAAGCACGCUAUCUGUCUCACCACUCUCCUCCCAAGAGCAGGUCUUGCCUCUCAGCCCCCGCAAACGCCUAGGAGAUGACAACCUCUGCAAUAUUACCCAGCCGUUGACCUGCUCCCCAACUAAGCAGAGUAAAAAAGAGAACAGCUUUUCACCAGAUUCCCCAAAGAGGAGAACUUUACUCUUCUGUGAGCAUUCAUCCCCCAAGUCUCCAACCAAUAAUAGCAAUUUGGUUUCCACUCUGCUUCAUAGAAGCCAAGAGACUCCCAAUACUUCACCACAUCGGUACACCAAGAAAGAGCAUGUGUGUACUCGUCUCUUCAAGCAAGAAGGCACCUGUUACCAGCAGGCAAAGAGUCUCCUACACACAGCUGUUCCAGAACAGUUGCAUGCAAGGGAGAAGGAAACUGCUGUCCUGCAUCAGUUUCUCCGUGAACAUGUCUGUAGGGAGAAGCCUGGAAGCCUGUAUAUCUCUGGAGCCCCGGGCACAGGGAAAACUGCCUGUCUCAACAGGGCCCUACUGGACUUAAAGACUGAGCUUGCUGGUAGUCAGACCAUUGUCUUAAACUGCAUGACCCUGAGGAGCUCCCAGGCUGUUUUCCCAGCAAUUGCUGAGCAGCUGGGCCAGGCUGGAGCAGACAAAACAGCCAGAAGUGAUGUCCUCAGAAAGCUGGAGAAACGCCUAACAUCAGAAAAUGAGUCCAUGGUUUUGGUUGUAUUAGAUGAGAUGGAUCAGCUGGAUUGUAAAGGACAGGAUGUGCUCUACAGAGUGUUUGAGUGGCCUUCCCUCACCAACUCCCGGGUCAUUCUUAUUGGCAUAGCCAAUGCCCUGGAUCUCACCGAUCGCAUUCUGCCCCGCCUGCAUGCCCGUCCCAAGUGCAAGCCACAGCUGCUAAACUUUUUGCCAUACGACAAAGAGCAGCUUGCCACCAUUCUUCAAGAACGUCUAAAGCAGGUGUCAGGGGAGCAGGUGUUGGACAAUGCCGCCAUCCAGUUCUGUGCUCGGAAAGUCUCUGCCAUCUCUGGGGAUGCCCGUAAAGCUCUGGACAUCUGCAGGAGGGCUAUUGAAAUUGUGGAGUCGGAUGUGAAGAGCCAAACUGUGCUUAAACUGCUGCCUGCCUGCAAAUCCCUUUCUAAACCACCCACAAACUUAGUAGUGCCCAAACAGGUGGGACUGCUGCAUGUGUCCAGGGUGAUCUCUGAUGUGUAUGGUGACCGGAUGGCAGCUCAAGGCAGUUGCGGUGGUGCUGAUUCCUUCCCCUUGCAACAAAAAAUCUUGGUCUGUUCUCUGCUGCUCUUAACCAAGCAGCAGAAAGUCAAAGAGGUGACCAUGGGAAAGCUUCAUGAGGCCUACAGCAGAGUUUGCCGGAAGCAGCAGAUGGUAGCUGUAGACCAGUCAGAAUGUCUCUCACUCUCAACCCUCCUGGAUUCCAGGGGUAUUGUGGCUCUGAAGAAGGCUAAAGAACCACGGCUGACAAAGGUCUUCUUGAAGAUAGAAGAGAAGGACGUGGAGCAGGCCCUCAAGGACAAAGUCUUGGUUGGAAGCAUCUUGGCCAUGGGCCUUUAGAAUUGCUGCUCAGCUCAAUUCUUAUAUAGGGUGUUCCCAAAAGGACAUAAUUUCUUUCCAGAUGUCAUUGCCCUUAGUGGCAGCCUUUGUUGACCAUGCCAGUGGAUGUAUAAUUCUGACUACUGGGAUGUCUUUUCACAGUACCAGUGUUUAAAAGAUGUUCUGUUUUUAUUUUUAUGGGGUGUUUUUAAACUGUACAAUGACCUUUCCACUUACAGAAACAAGCUUCUGGGCAGAUGUGGAGCCAAGUUAGUUAUAUUUGGGAGGGGAACUUCACACUUUGCCUCUAUAACAUCCCCUCUCCACCCACCCUCCCUUUCCAGCUCCUUUUUGGAGUCCUAGAAACACUAUAUUCCUCCCAGUCCCUCAUGCCACCCCUUUCUUUUUUGCCCCCUCUGUAUUGGAAUUGCUGUGCUACUCUUGGGCUGCUACACUGCCUGUUUUCAGCACCACUAAUGAAAGAGGAUGAAGGGUGUUGGCAGGAGAGCCCAUUGGCAGAAACAAAACCAUUAACGUCACAGGAGGAAAUAAGAACGCAGAAGGUUCUCUUCUGAGCUCCUUUGAAGUUGAACUGUUUCCGCAAAGCAGAUGUCACUCAUGCUCAGGCUUAGCGUCUUGGGAGCUGCAGUGGGGCUUAGUGAGGCGCGCGCACGCACACACACACACACACAGACUGAGCAAGUGUCUUAAUGCUUAUGACCUAUGGAAGCAGCCCUAGCAGUGAAACUGGAUUCGGCCUGAGGCAAAGAGCAGAUCUGUUUCAUUCAUGAGCUGCUGCUUGUUAAGAGUUGGUUGGUUUAUGUGAAUUUUAAUAAGCAUACAAAAUGGACUUCUAUGUUGGAUUGUACUUUGCUUGUCAUGUAUGUAUGUGAAUAUUUUAGUUUAUCUGAUCUAGUUGACAUUUCAAAUGCCAUAUGUAUUUCCACAUUGCUUUUCACCCCAGAGUGGCUUUGCAGCUGAAGAAGAGGGAUGCUAGGGUGUCUCUCCACCCCUAACCCGCCAUAAAUUAAUAAUAUCUCUGAGGUGUUGAAAUAUGUACAGCCAGACAUUUUAAACAAUUGGAGUAGUGACAUACUUCCAGUUGAUUUUUUUAAUUUAUAGAUUAAAAGAGUCUGUUUUGUGGUUUGGA